AUGGCGCAAGUUGGCACAACUUCUAUCCGUCGUUGGAUUCCAGAAGUAGAAGAGGGGUUGAAACCAAUAAUUGAAAAGACUACUUUCUCUUCAGUUGAUGCGGCGUUUAACUUCUACAACCAUUAUGCAAAGAAGGCAGGCUUCAGUGUUCGUAGAGGAUCAAAUAAAUACAAUAAGAAUCAAGAAGAGAUCUGGAAGAUGUUUGUAUGUUCGAAGGAGGGGAUGACAGAUAACAAGGUACAAAUGCAGCAUGGUGUAGUAAAAAGGCGACGGAGUAUUACUCAAGAAAGUUGUAAAGCUCGCAUGACAAUUAAAAAAGAGGGUGGUGGACCAAACUAUAUAGUGAAAAAGUUUGUUGAGGAGCACAGUCAUGAGUUAGCAACUCCUCGAAAGAAACAUCUUCUUCGAUCACAUCGUGAGGUUUGUAAUGCGCAGAAGAAUUUGGAAAAUACAUUCACUCAAUCAGGCAUAGGCAUUUCACAAACUAUGAAUGUUUUAGCAAUUGAAUCAGGUGGUCACGAAAAUAUUGGAUGCAUUGAGCAAGACGUGAGAAAUUAUGAAAGAGAUAAAAGAAAAGAAACCAAGGACCAUGAUACUCAACUAUUGUAUGAACAUUUUUCUGAAAUGAAGGAAUUAGAUCCAUCGUUCGCAUAUAAUGUGAAGGUUGAUGCGGAGGCAAUGUUAGGGGACCCACCGAAAGCGAUCAUAACAGAUCAAGAUCCAGCAAUGACAAAAGCCAUUGCUAUUGUAUUUCCGAAUGCUUUCCAUCGUUAUUGUAUUUGGCAUAUUUUGCACAAGGUCCCUGAAAAGUUAGGUCACAUAGCUUUUAAAGAUGAAUUUAAAGUACCUUUUUAUGAUAGCAUAUGGAAUUCUGAGAAGCCCGAAGCUUUCGAAGUAUGUCUAGUAGCCAACGAAGUGAAAGCAUGA